AUGGCUCUGCUUAGUCCAGUGGUCUACUUACUCAGCCUGGUUCUUGAUCGCAUCUUCGGUAAGAAAGGCGCUGGAUAUCACAAACGCGCGCAGCUGAAGGCUCUAACUGGCCUGCACGGACCACAAGCCUUUGACUUCAAUAAUGGUACUAAUUGCCAAGCCAAAUCCGAUGUUAAGCCGAGUCGGUUUGUAGCGAAAAUGUAUUUAGCUUCAACAAGGUCCGUAGUGAUGCUAUCACUGAAGGCCAGUAAGAGAAUGCCUCUUGUGACAAGUACCUUAUGUCUCUCGAUACUUUUUUACUGCUAUCUAUUAAAUUUAUAG